AUAAAAAUUCCUAAAUGAAGAGAUAUUGAAACGCAUGCUCUAAAUCUGUCAGCCCUUCCUCCACAUCCAGGGUGGCCCUGGUGGCGCGCAACUGUUAGUGCCUGUCACCAAUAAUACAAUGAAGACUGACUGUCCUGGGUUCAGCUCUCGUCUCGGGAACGCUGUUCUUUCUCUGCAUGCGGCAUCUGUCUACAAGACUUGCCGUGAUAUAACUUUAGUUGCUGACACCGAUUUCCCCCUCCCAACUCCACCCGUCCACCACCCAGCCCCGGACUGGCGAAAGGUGGUUCUGGCCACAUUUCCGGUGCACCGCCUGCGGCUCCGGGUAUAAGAACGGGGACCCGCUACAGGCCGGCGCGCGCUCACUCAACCUUCUUCUACUUUCAGUGUCCACAAAGUUCCGGAGAGAAAAAAAAAACAAAAACUAGAUGGCAUCUUGCAUGACAGAGACUGGUACAGACAACCAGUCAUCUCUGUCCCCGGAACUAUGUGUCUCCACGGUUUCUGUUCCCAUCACCGAGACACAUCUGCCGUCCAACCUGCCUCCGCUGAUUGAGACAGACCCGCUAGUGGCCUACCUGUACAUCGCCAUCAUGUGUACAGCUCUCAUGAUCGGUUCCUUUGGCAACGUGCUGAUCCUCCUGGUGAUGACGUUGGUCCGAGGCACCCAGCGCACAGGAAAGGCCUUUGUCAUCAACCUUGCCCUCGCUGACCUUUGUGUGGCCGCCAUAGCUGACCCCAUGUGCGUAACAGCUGUGAUCAAAGGCGAGGCCUGGUUCAACGACAAGGUGUGGCUGUGUGAGGCCGUGGCCUCCAUGUGUCUCACCGCCUGCUUCUGCGCCUUCUUGUCCCUGACCCUGGCCACCCUCAACCGCUUCGUCUUCAUCUGCCACAACAACUGGUACGAACGCCUCUUCACGAAAUUCACCUGCGUGGCGGCCUGCGUCGGCAGUUGGGUCGUUGCAUUCUUCUUCGAGUUCCCCAACUUCCUGGGAUGGGGUGGCCACUACUUUGACAAGAAAAACCAUCAGUGCAUCUGGAACCGCACCAAUUCUUUCUCCUACACGCUGCUCGUGUCCGCAGGUCUGAUUGGCGGCCCGCUGACCUUCAUGCUGCUCUCUCACAUCCUCAUCUUUCGACGCAUUUACAGAACCAAGAUGAGCCUGUACGUGUUUGAGGAAAAGGAUCCGACCAACAAGCGGAAGUUGUGGCAAGAGAUCCUCCGCACCUCACGCAUGCUCCUCGGCAUCUUCUGCGUCUUCGUCGUCUGCUGGACGCCCUACUCCGUGGUCAUCGUGCUGGACUUCUCCCAACGGUUGUCGGUGGAGGCUCACCUGUUCGUCACAAUGCUGGCCCACAUGCACAGCUCCAGCAACUGCCUCGUCUACUUCAUCAUCAACCCGUCCUUCCGCAAAGGCGUCUUCCGCAUCCUGGGCUUGUCCAAAUGCGUCACUUCCGGCGACAUCUCGAGCACCACCUACACCGAGUCCCGUGGAGGCGACAUUACAAAGAUCUCUGAUUCCAAGAGUGUCCUCCGUACUACAGUCAGCGCCAGCAGUAGCAGUAGUAGUCAGUAGACAGAGACGCAAGCAACAUCAGCUGCCAGUUCCCAAGGAUGUCAACAACAGAAACAACUGCAGGACUAUGAGUAAAACUCUUCAAACGUUUCCCUUCGUAGUCCAUCUUUCCGUAGUUUCCUAAACUUUUACUGUGAAGUACAUCAUUAUUCGGCUGUUCCACAUACAUGUGUACAUUUAUGUGAACGAAAACACAACUGUCGAAGACUUAUAUUUAACCUUUCAUUGAAGGCUUUAGUUCAUUUUCGUGGAACUGUCCUUUCGCUUUUAAAUUUAAAAUAAUUUCUACACAUCCUUGAGAACACAACAUUCCAUUCAUGUUUUGCAUGUAAUACAGUUGUAUAUUUUAAAGUUAAGCAUUAAGAAAGUGCAGAAAACAAACUACAUCUUGUGAAUAAAACAGACUAUGAAGAUGGCGGCAAGAUAGUGUGGAAACAGGAAUACUUUUUUUAUUUAUUUAUUUAUUUAUUUAUUUAUUUAUUUAUUUAUUUAUUUGGUUACCAGAGGAUUGACUCUGACAUUACACACUUUUAUGAGGAUUUGUUGGUAUACUACUUUAUAACCUUAUUUCUGAGUUAUAAAUUAAUUUACAUUAGACUGAAUGUCAGCAUAGGACUGCAUUGUUUUCACAUCUUUUUAUAGUGGUGUGAGGGUGUGAGGAUGAGGAUAUUAUCACCCUUGCAACGAAGACGGGUUUAUGUUCUUGAGUCUGCAACUUCCAGACCUACGGAACGUUUGUAUGAUCGAGAAGAUGUGUUGUAGCAAACAAAAAAUAUUAGAAGAAAGAGGCCAAAUUAAAGGAAUAUUUGUUGCUAUAGUAUUUUUAAAACUAUUGUUUGAGGCAUUUUAAUUUGAUAGCUACUACGAUUUCGAAUGAUGAAGUUUUGUGUAAGUUUAUUUGUUGUUCUGAUGUCUGCAAAAGUGAAAUCUUCAAAGUUUGUAUUUGAUUUGUUAUGCGUUCGCUGUCCUAUUCUUAAUAAGAUAUAACCAGAUUUUAUUGUUAGUUUAUUUUUUUCAUCUGUUCAUUUUUCAGACUUAACUGGUAAAGUAAA